UUUUGAAAAGAAAGACUUAAUUGGAACUGUCAUCUCCAAAUAGUAAAGGAUUUUUUGAGCAUAAAUAUGGUGCCCUCCUUUCUAGGGAAUUUGCACAAACCAAAGGGAGAGAGAAAUUAAGAGCAGAUCACAACAUGAAAGGUAGCAAUUACAAGGCCAAUACCAUAAAAAAGAGCCGAACCUUUCAGCUAACAAAGUCCCCUACAAUGGAUUAUAAUAAUCAGUUGCCUGCAAGAACUGCUACUACUAAUAUCCAAGCUCCGAAAAAGCCUGCGGUGGUGGAGUUUCCGACGUCUCCCCAGCUGAUAUUCGGCGAGGAGAUGCUCCACUUCGGCCACCCUCGGCACCCGUUGUCGCUGGUGAAGCUGCCGGACCUCUUCACCUGUGCCGGCUGCAAGGAGUACGGAUCAGGGAAGAGGUUCGUGUGCCAGCAAUGCGAUUUUCAGCUUCAUGACUUCUGUGCCUCUGCUCCCCCUACUCUUAAGGCCCAUCCCCUCCACUACCAACACCAGCUCAUCCUCUUUUCUAAACCAGUGAAGGGCCAAUCAAAGUGCGACGUGUGCAACAAGCCUUGCAAAGGGUAUGCAUACAGAUGCAGCGCAUGCAGCUUCCAAAUGCAUCCAUGUUGUGCGAUGCUUAAAACAGAAAUGAGUUUAUUGUUGGCGCAUGCCCACACGCUGAGGCUGCAACCAGCGGAUCAGCAUAACAACGACGUGCACUGCGGAGAAUGCAAUAGAAAGAGGUCGUCAGGCAGGGUUUACCACUGCACUUACUGCGGUUACCACAUCCACGCAGUUUGUGCCAAAGACUUCAUCAAUGGUCUCCGUGAAAACGGCAUCAAGCCUAUAGAAAAACCCAACAAUAUGCUCGGCACUGCUGCUCGCCUCGCCUCUCAGGUGAUGAUUGACUUCAUUGGAGGGCUGAUUGAGGGUCUGGCUGAAGGUGUUGGACAAGUCAUUGUUCAGGAUGCUGCCAAGGGAAGGUCCAACGCUGCCAGAAGAUCAGGAAAUUAAUAACAACAAUAAUAAUUAUUAAAUCAUCUUUAUCAAUUAUCAAUAUCAUCGUAUUUUUGUUAUUGUUAUGCAGAUGCGCUUUUGAUAUUUCUACUAAAAGGACCAGAUAUAUUGAUCCGGCUUUAUUCAUAUAUUUCUGGGUUGUACAAAUCACUGCUCUAUGUAACCUGAUCGACUAUGUUUAAAUUUAGGGUGUCACGUAUAGUAUAGUUGAUGCAUGAGCCUCUGGAUAUAUUCAAAUAUCUUCAAGGAUAUCGAGAUUGCAAGUGAAGAACGCGUGAAUUUGAAGCGACAAGAAAACUCGUCAAUUUAUUCCGACUUUGUGAGCUUGUUAUACUAGUCGUGUUGUUUCAUGUGUAUUGCAGAUAUAUUUGACAAGAAAUAUGUAGCUUUGCAAAGCUCUCUGUUUGGCCUGAAAUUGAAGCUAUAUGAAGCAUAUUAAUCUCCAGAAGUGAUUAAUAGCUCUAUGAUGAGCCCUUUUUAA